CCAUCUCCAUGGCUACUUUCUCUUUUACAAGGAUAAGUUCCUUAAUGGCUUUGAUACUAGUGCUUCUAGGACUCCUUUCGACAAGCCUCGAUUCUGCAGGUGCACAAUCAGUGGGUGUCUGUUAUGGAAUGCUAGGUAACAAUCUGCCAUCAGCGCCAGAGGUCAUACAACUCUUCAGAUCACACAAUAUUAAGCGGAUGAGAAUCUAUGAUCCUAAUCCUGCAGCUCUUCAAGCUCUUAGAGGCUCCAACAUUGAGCUCAUGAUAGGUGUCCCAAACUCCGAUCUUCAAAGCCUCUCAAACCCUUCCAAUGCACAGUCAUGGGUACAGAGAAAUGUGCUGAGCUACUGGCCUAGUGUCAGAUUCAGGUACAUAGCUGUUGGGAAUGAAGUCAGUCCUGUUAAUCCAGGCACAGCUUCCAUUGCUCAAUAUGUUCUGCCUGCCUUGGUGAACGUAUUCAACGCAAUUAGAUCUGCAGGUCUCCAGGACCAAAUCAAGGUUUCAACUGCAAUUGACAUGACCCUUAUAGGAAACUCAUACCCUCCAUCUGCUGGUGCCUUUCGCGGAGAUGUCAGGAAAUAUAUAGACCCAAUAAUUGGCCACCUCACAUAUGCAAAAACACCUUUGUUUGCUAAUAUUUACACAUACUUCAGCUAUGCCGGUAAUCCGAGGGACAUAUCUCUUCCCUAUGCCCUCUUUACUUCCCCGUCUCCUGUCAUAUGGGAUGGUUCCCGGGGUUACCAAAACCUUUUUGAUGCUAUGUUGGAUGCCUUAUACUCUGCUCUUGAAAGAGCUGGACAAUAUUCUGUGGAUGUGGUUGUUUCAGAGAGUGGAUGGCCCUCUGAUGGAGCGUUUGCAGCAACAUUUGAUAACGCACGCACAUAUUACUCAAAUUUGAUAAAGCAUGUCAAAGGAGGUACCCCAAAGAGGCCUGGCAGAGCCAUAGAGACUUACCUAUUUGCCAUGUUUGAUGAGAACCAAAAGCAGCCAGAGUUGGAGAAACAUUUUGGGGUUUUCUUCCCUAACAAACAGGCAAAAUAUCCGCUAAAUUUCGGCACAAAAAGGAUCUCAGAUAUUUCUUCUGAGAACAAUACAACUGUUUUCCUCAAGAGUGAUAUGUAAGGUUACAAGGUCUUUGUUUCUGUGUCCUGAACUUGAAUAACUCAUAGCUGCAGAGACAAAUGCUGUCUUGAUCUACUGCAGCAGAGAGAGUUUGUGUAUUUUUUUUUUCCCUUUUUCUAUGGUUAAUUAAUGUUAACUCUCGUCUGGUUUGAUGCUUUUAAUUGUUCUAUGCUGCAAAAAUUGAAACAGGGACUAAGAAUAUUUUUCUCACAAAUAUAUGUCCUUGCUCUAA